AUGUGGGAUCAUAACACCCGAACGGAUAUAAAGCCCAAAUCGGACAUAAAACCCCAUUCGAGGAGCCGAAAACCAAGGAACCGUCGUCCACCCAGAAUUCGAAACAGAGACAGUUCCGAUAGCAGAGCAGCCGUGACCCGCAAGCACAACAUAAACGUUGGUGGUAUUCAUCAUGGAUUCAAACUUAGAUUUGGGUGAUGCAAAUACAGCAUUUCGCAAACCUUCAACUGAUACAGCCAACCGGAAGUAUCGCCGCCGUUCUCCGCUUAGCAGCUCAUCUCCCUCUAAUGGGAGUCCUGUGCAUGAGCAUAGUUCUAGCCCAAAAAUUUCACAGGAAGAUCCUGUAAAAGUCUCUGAAUAUCGAACAAGAAGGAAUGAAGAUGAAAGGAAAUUUGAGAGGGAUUCAAACAGGAGCUGUUAUGGAAAAAGCAGUGAUUCCUACAGGAAUUCUGAUACACAAUCGUCCAAAACUUCACAUGGUUACCAUAGGCAUGAUGACUACAUCAAACAUGACAAACAUGGUGAUGAAGAAGAAAGAAAUUAUCAGAAGAUAACUUCUCGUCUUGGUAGGGAGACAAGGGGUAGUGCUCAUUCUGAUCAUACUAGGUCAAAAGACUAUUUGCGUCCUUCGGACAAAUCUUCUCGUGAUAAAUAUGAUGGUUCAGUAUAUAGGACCAAGGAUAAAGAUAGAGAAUCUUCGUUUCCUCACCAGAAAUAUAAAGAUAAGGACUCAUCAUCUGAGAAAGUUGGAUAUGGCAGGAGACAUGGAUAUUUUGAAGAGAUGGACAAGGAACGGGGUAGGCAUACAUUGGACAGAAAAGCUCCGGAUGAAAACAGGGAUUACCGUAGGAGUUCUGGAGAUUAUAGAAGUGAACGGAUUUUCUCCUAUGAAGAGUCCAAGGGGCAAAGAAGUGACUCAAUUUCCAGGAGAGAUGAAGGUAAACAUUGUGUGAAAGAAGGUUACAAGAGUGAAUUAAAGGAAAUGGAUGAUGAAAACCAUUCCAGAGAACAAAGGAAGAGAUAUGAUGAGAGGGAUAAUAAAGUGAGGAGCCGAAAUACUAGAGAACCAACAGAGCGGUCUGCAGAUGAUAUUUCAAGGAGUGAAAAUCAAGAAUCUACUGCAAAAAGACCAAAGUUAUUCAGCUCCGAGAAGAACACUGAUGGCCGAAAAGAUGUUUCUAAGUUCACAACUACAGCUGAUGGAAAGGGGACUUCAAAUUCUAAACCAAGUCAAGAAGGUAUUGGGAAAACCAUGUCCAGUGAUGCAGAAGCUGCUAAUGAUAUAAAUGUCGCCAAAUCUGCUGCAAUGAAAGCUGCUGAAGUAGUUAAUAGGAACCUUGUCAGUGUUGGUCCUGCGGGAUGCAUGACCGCUGACCAGAAGAAAAAGCUGUUGUGGGGAAACAAAAAGAACACGACUGCAGAAGAGGCUGGUCACCGUUGGGAUACAGCAUUGUUUUCCGACCGGGAAAGACAAGAAAAGUUCAACAAACUCAUGAGUCUGAGGUUGCCUUGGUGCCUAUGGCCAAUUGUAGGGUGUGAAGAGCGAAGUAAAGGUGGAAAACAAACCCGAAACCGAAGAUCAGAAGCAGAAGGAACUCCAACUGGAUUUGGAGAAGCAGUACACUGCUGGAUUGCGAAGGAGAGAUGGCCGUACUGUUGGAUUAGGUCUUUAAGCGUCCUCACAUUUUUAACUACAACAAAGACAUCGGUAUAUUGUGUUGUACUCUUGCACAAGAGUCAUGCUGCUUAUGAUUCUAUACUGGCGCAUGUGAGAGGUAAUAUACUUUUCUUGGAGUUUUAGAUCUUGGCCGGGAAAUGGUCACACGUGGCUAUUUAACAGUGUAAAGUUAGAAAAUUCGAUUGCUAUAUGCUUGGUAUGAACGUAAGCUUCCUAUCCCUACCGUCUUCCCACCUUAUGAAUUUA